AUGUUUGGAAUAGUGAAUUCUGAUGGAAAAAUAACUGCAAUAAAUUUAAGAAUUGAUUAUAUGUAUUGUGGUAAACAGUUAAAAAAUAUGUGCCUUUAUGAUUAUGCUGCAACUAUACAUAAAGUAAAAAUUAAUGAUAAAGAGUUAAACAAAUUGACUAGACAGGGAAGUCGAGAAGGACGAACAACAAGGGUAGACCGAUUUUACUUUUUAGGUGGAAAUCAGCAAUGUGAUGAAACUUCUAAUAAUAGAAUUAAGCACCCACAACAUUCAAUGCAUAUACAAGUUCACUGGUCUCAUGGGAAUGAAAGGAUACCAGUAUUAUAUGGAAAAGGUAUUCCAUGUAAAGAUGACCUUGAAAAUAUUGAACGUUAUAAAAUCUGCAUAUUAUUACUUUUCAAACCAUGGACCUCUUCAUAUAAUCUGUUGGAAGAAUAUGGCUCAUGGCAUGAAGCAUACCUUUUGCAAAAUAGAUCAGUAGUGGGAUAUGAUACUUCUACUGAUGAUAUUGAAAUAAUGAAUAACCUAGAAGACUUUAACAAUGGCAGUAUAUCUUCUUUUAAUCCAUAUACGAUUAUACAUUCCGGAUUCCGUAAUUCAAAGCUAGUUGAUGAAGCGAUACCUGCUUAUGAAAAUGAUGAUAAAUUGAUUCAAAAAUGGCAAGAAAUUAUAUCUGACAAACCAUCUCAACUAUUGAUUCACCUUAGUGGUGCUGGCGGCACAGGAAAGUCUAAAGUUAUCAGAGCAAUUUGUAAAUUCUUUGAUCUAAUUGGCCAAAAACGAUUACUUGCAGUUUGUGCAUCAACUGGUUUCGCUGCAUCUUGUAUUGGUGGUCAUACUCUACAUUUGCUAUGCAGUUUUAAAUUUGGUGAGAAUGAAGAUUUUAAAUAUCACUAUUCUAAAGGAAAAUCUACAAAAACACUUCAGGAUCAAUGGGCAGAUAUAGAAUAUCUGAUUUUAGACGAAAUUUCAAUGGUGGGUCAAAAACUUCUGAUGCAAUUCCAUGCACAUAUCAAGGAAGCAAAACCUUACUGA